AUGUCAAAUGCAACUACGCCAGGAAAUUCAAUAGAAGAGAUUAAAGAAGUAGAUGUGCAAUCAAUAAAACCAAAUACAGAUUUAACAAAAGUUGUUAGUAGAGAAAUUUAUCUAGCAGAACCCAAUUUUGAAAAUAUAUCAUUAUUCAGAGAAUGCCUAUUCAUAUUCUUCAUGUGUAUGUCACAGUUGUUGACCCAAGCUGCUAAUUCACAAACUAUGGUAAAUGCAGUGGUUUUGGGGAGAGCUUUUGAUGUUUCUGAUAAACCUGGAGUUGUUUCUUGGUUUUCAGCUGCCAUAUCAUUAACUGUAGGGACGUUUAUUUUAGUUAGUGGAAGACUUGGUGAUUUAUAUGGCUACAAAAAAUUAUACAUUAUUGGAUAUAUAUGGUUUGGAGUUUUUUCAUUAAUUUGUGGAUUUGCUGGUUUUACGAAAUCAUCAGUAUUUUUUGCAAUUAUGAGAGGAUUACAAGGGAUUGGACCAGCUAUAAUGAUGCCCAAUUCACAAGCAUUAAUUGGAUCAUUUUACCCACCUAGUACUAGAAAAAAUAUUUGUUUUGCAUUAUUUGGAGCAACAGCUCCAAAUGGAUUCAUUAUUGGUGCAUUAUUCAGUGCUAUGUUUACAGAAACUGCGUGGUGGCCCUGGACUUUUUGGUUAUGUGGAAUAGUUAGUAUUUCAGCUGCUAUACUAGCUUAUUUUGUGAUACCUGCUCAUGUUGGUAGUAAAUCAAGUGGAAAAUUUGAUUAUGGUGGGGCUAUUACAGGUGUAACAGGGUUAAUCUUAAUUAAUUUUGCAUUUAAUCAAGGUCCAAAUGUUGGAUGGGAUAAAGUAUAUGUUUAUGUAUUGUUGAUUGUUGGAUUUUUAUUUAUGGGGGCUUUCUAUUUUAUUGAACAAAAAGUUGAAGAUCCUUUGGUUCCACCGUCAGUUUUAAAUGGUGAUACUGGAUUCAUAUUGGUUAUAAUUGCUGCUGGAUGGAGUUGUUUUGGUAUAUGGUUAUACUAUAUGUUUUUGUGGUCACUCAAAGUGGACGGAGCAUCUCCAGUUAUUGCAGCUGUUCAAAACAUUACUUGUGGACCAGUAGGGGUAAUUGCUGCUCUUCUGACAGCAUAUAUGUUAAGAAAAAUUCCAUCUUCAAUUGUUUUGUUUAUAGCGAUGAUUUUUUUCUUAGUUGGGAUAAUUAUUAUGGGAUUAAGACCUGUCCAUCAAAUAUAUUGGUCACAGAAAUUUGUCUCUUGCUUACUUAUGCCCUUUGGAAUGGAUAUCAGUUUUCCAACAGGUGUUUUAAUUUUACAAAACCAUUUCCCUCGAAAUAUGCAAGGUUUAGCUGGUCUGUUGAUAUCUACAUUUGUUAAUUAUUCAAUUUCCAUAGGUUUAGGAUUUGCUGGAACUGUUGAAUAUUAUACUACAAAAGAUAAAGUACCAGGGUUUGAUACUACUGUGUAUGGUUAUAGAAGAGCUUAUUAUAUGGGUAUGGGAUUAGCUGGAUUUGGUUUGGUGAUUUCAUCAAUUUAUAUAUUCAUUCAAUUGCAAAAUAGAAGAAAAAGUUUACAACAAGAAAGUAGAUCGCUAGAUAUGAGUGAUGGAGAUAACGAAGUCAUUGAGGCAAAAGAACUAGAGAACUAA